AAGGGCAGCAAAGACCGAAAAAAAGAAGAAGAAGAAGAUAACCUUGUACUCAGUUUUGUAUGUAAUGUUUCCAAAAUAACAGUUGGUGUACUCUUUGAAAAUACCUAGAAAAACAAGCUGGAAUAGCAGCAUCCUAUGUUGUAGCGAGUAGGUGUAUCUGGUGUAUUAAUCUUUGAUAUUUUCGAAGAUACGUGAUUGCAUCUCAUUGCUUGGAAAUGUUCACUACUAAAGCAUUUAUUAAGAAGACUAGAAUAGGAAACUUUUUGAAGAAUGUGAGAGAACAUUAUAUUCGAGAUGACAUAUAUUGUGGAAUUCCAGUAUGUUCAAAAUGUAGUUUUAUCAAUUCCAACUUAUCUAGAAAUCAUGUUAAUAGUUGUUCACUUGUGAACCAUAAUCAUUACUUGAUAUUGGACACCAAUAUUAUUCUAGAUCAGAUGGACGUUCUAGAGGAGCCUGUACUUGGAAAUGUAAUCAUACUACAUACUGUUUUGAAAGAAGUUAAACACCGCAGUUUGCCAAUUUACAAACGGCUGCACAGUAUCAUAGAAAAUCCCACUAGACAUUUUUAUGUCUUUACAAAUGAUCACCACAAAGAUACGUACAUCAAACAAAAUGAUGGAGAACUGAUCAAUGAUUAUAAUGACCGGAGUAUUAGAAAAGCAUGUGCAUGGUAUUCGUCACAUGUUCCCGAAGAUAAAUUCAUAUUUUUGAGUGAUGAUGUGAAUAAUAGAACUAUAGCUAUAGAAGAAGGAAUAUCCUCAUACUCAAUAAACGACUAUGUGAAGCAUUUAGAAAAUGGAACAUUGCUUGAAGAUAAACUAUCAAGAAAAGAUUUUCACAUAGAUAGCAACACCAAAGAUGUUUUUCCUCCUCAUUUAACCAAUACUGAACUUUUGAAUGGAGUAAAAGAAGGAAAGCUGUAUCAAGGCACAUUUCGUGCAUCCAGAGAUAAUUUUUUAGAAGGCUUUGUGAAUGUUGAAGCACUGGAUGAUGCAGUUCUUGUUCAAGGACGGUCGGGUUUGAAUCGCGCCGUUGAUGGUGAUAUAGUGGUUGUAGAACUGUUUGCAGAGCAAGAUUGGAUAUCACCCAGUGAAAUAGUUCUUGAAGAUGAGGGAGUGGCAGAAGAAAAUAUCGAUGAGGUGGAAAUAAAAGAACAAGAAUUAAAAAAAUCCACCCACAAAAAGAAGGGGGAGAUAAAACCCACUGGUAGAGUUGUUGGUAUAAUCAGGAGGAAAUGGAGACAAUACUGUGGUAUACUACAAGGUGGUAUGGAUGGUGUUUUCCAAUUAUUUAUACCUGCUGAUAAAAGUAUUCCAAAAAUAAGAAUAGAAACAAGGCAGGCCGAAUUUCUAAGGACACAAAAACUUAUAGUAGCUAUCGAUUCGUGGCCAAGACAUUCUAGGUAUCCCCAUGGGCACUUUGUAAGAGCUCUGGGUAAAAUUGGUGACCAAAAUACUGAGAAUGAAGUUGUGCUGUUGGAGCAUGAUGUACCUCAUAGCCAGUUUUCAGAAGAGGUCCUCAGCUGUCUUCCAAAAUUACCUUGGAUUAUUACAGAAGAGGAUGAGAAACGACGUGUGGACCUCAGACAUAUUGACAUUUGUUCAGUUGAUCCUCCAGGAUGUACAGAUAUUGAUGAUGCAUUGCAUUGUCGUCCUAUAACAGACAAUAAAUUGGAAGUUGGGGUCCAUAUUGCUGACGUAUCACAUUUCAUUCGGCCUGGCACUGCUCUCGAUAUUGAAGCUGCUUCUCGAGCCACAACUGUAUAUUUAGUGAAUAAAAGAAUCGAUAUGGUGCCAGAACUUUUGAGUUCCAAUUUGUGUUCUCUCAGGGGUGGAGAGGAGCGUUUCGCAUUUUCUUGUAUUUGGGAGAUGGACAUGAAGGCCAAUAUUUUGAAUACCAGGUUUCACAAAAGUAUAAUUAGAUCUAAGGCGGCCAUGACAUACGAAGAGGCUCAAAUCAUUAUUGACGACAAAAGCAAGACAGAUAGUAUAGCAGAAUCUUUAAGAUAUCUAAAUAUGCUGGCCAAAAUACUAAAAAAAAGGCGGUUAGAAAAAGGGGCAUUGGUUUUGGCAUCUCCAGAAGUCAAAAUCCAAAUGGACUCUGAAACCAUGGAACCACUUGAUGUGGAAGUAAAAAAAUUGUUUGAAACCAAUUCAAUGGUUGAAGAAUUCAUGUUGUUGGCAAAUAUUAGUGUUGCCGAGAAGAUACUAGAAGAUUUUCCCGAAUGUUCGAUGCUCAGGAGACACCCUACUCCACCUAACUCUAAUUUUGAUCCAUUAGUGAAAGCUGGAAAACAUCUUGGCUUCGACAUACAUACCAACUCUGGCAAAAAUCUUGCUAAGUCCUUAGAUGAAGCUGUUAGGAUUGAUAAUCCGUAUUUCAAUACGAUGCUGCGAAUUCUUGCAACACGAUGCAUGCUCCAAGCUGUCUAUUUUGCCAGUGGCACCUUGCAGAAAGAGGAAUACUUCCAUUACGGCCUGGCUGUGCCUCUUUAUACUCACUUCACUUCACCCAUCAGGAGAUAUGCAGACAUUAUUGUACAUAGGUUAUUGGCAGUGACUUGCGGAUCAGAUUCUACUUAUCCUGAUUUGCUUGACAAACAAAAAACUAGUAAUUUGUGCCAGAAUUUGAAUUAUCGAAAUCGAAUGGCCCAGUAUGCAGGAAGAGCUUCUGUUGCCUUCAAUACUCAUCUUUUCUUCAAAGGAAAAUUGCAAGACGAAGAAGGUUAUAUCUUGUAUGUAAGAAAAAAUGCUCUUCAGAUUUUAAUACCAAAAUAUGGCUUGGAAUGUACAUUGUUUUUGUCACAAAAAGGAGAAACAUCUAAUAUCUUUGAAUACAAUGAAGAGGAUCAAACUCAAAAAGCUGGCAACAUAAUUCUUCACACAUUUGACCCAGUGAAAGUGAGGUUGAGUCUAAAUUGUGACAACGUCCAACAUGAAAAGUUUGUUUUGAUGCUUGUUUUUCCAUUUAUCGAAGGAUUCAGUGUUCCACCACUUGAUGAAUUGGAGAAUAUGCAAACAGAAGACAAUGAGAAGAAAAGAAAAUCACGCACAGAAGGCAAUAAAAAGAAGAGUAAGAGAAAGGUGUGAUAUUUUAAAUUUGUGACUUUUUUGAAUAAAUUGAUGACCAAAAUGU